AUGGCGACUUCCAGCAAAACCCAGAAACUUUGUCGUCACCUCAAGACUGUCAAACACUUCUUCACCAAGCAAGUCAAACGACUGGUCUCCAAGAGCAAACGAGCUCGAAAAACCCGUCUCAAUUUCUACUCUCACAGCGGUGGAAAUUCUGCCACGUCAAGCCCUGAACUCUCCUUCGUCGUGGAAAGAAGAGGAGGUAUCCUUCCACCACAUUUGGGUAGCCCAACCUCUUCAAAGGCCGAGACUCUAGUUGAAGUCACACCAAACAUCACAACAGUGCCAGAACAAGUGAAUGACGAUGGGUACUCGGAAUCUUUUGGCUCUUUUGUAGUACCCACACAAAGAUCCAAGAGCACCAGCAGUGAAUCAUUUGUUUCAGCACCAGCAGGCGGGAAUCACGAGGAGAGCAACAGUCACGAUCAAGAGAUCACUUAUCCCACAACCCUCUCCACAAUCAAUGAAGAAAGCCCUCAAUCAUCUCCCCAGGCCACACCUCCACGACCGUCAAACGGACCAGCAGAACAGGAAGAGCCGAGACCCAGCACAACGCCCCUACUUGACGAGCAUUCUGAUCCUCCACUAUCGAGUUUCACCUCACUCCACGGUGAAGCCGUCGAGAUUUCUGGUGAGCCAGAAACUCGGGGCAGAUCUGUACAAUUUCACACUCGGGUUAUCACUGUUUCUGCAUCACCGCCCAGUACCGCAAGUCUCGAUCGAUCUGUGACUUCUGUCCCACGGACGCAUCCGCGAGGACAAGGUCGUAGAGGAUCAGGACCUCUUCGCCCACCUGCAUUUGACGGCACAAGUGUUAUUGAUUUCGAUAUCGAGGAGAGACCACCUUCCACCGGCACACCUAUAAUCACCCCGCUUUUGACCAAAUUACGGAGGAGCAACAAUUCUAGCAUUGACAGCGGACAUUCUAGUUCAUCCAUGUCACCAAAACAAGAGGAACAUCGUGGCUCUAUAGGCAGUCUGAAGAGCAUUGUUUCGGGUCUCCAGAAGCUCACGCUAUCUGCUAGCCAAAAGAGCCCUACUUCUGAAAAUCCGCCACAGCUGGAAGAUGAGCUACCAGACACAAGAGAAGGGCUUGAAGCACGACUCAAUUACCAUCUUGGUGAACUCGACCUGAUCCGGAAAAUGGUGAGAGAGCGAAACCGAGAGAUCGAGCAAACAUCCUCCCGUCUCUACACUCACCAACGGCUCAGAGAUGAUGUCCAGCGUUGUUCACUCAAGAAGCUUGAUGAGCUUAGUGACAGUAUUCGACAACAGCGGAAUGGCCUUGCUCAAUUCGUUGACUAUCACCGUGGGGAGAUUAGAAGGAUUGGUCAACGACGUGAGGAGUUAGACAUCAGUCAAGGAAUUCAACCAACUACCAAAGAACUGUACAAGACUUUCGACAAACAAGCGGAGUGGGUUCAGCUGUUCUCGGAGUAG